AUGUAUUCGGCAAUAACGCCACCAUCAGAGGCUUCGCCAUCGAUAUUGGCGACAGCCAAACAUUUUCUCAAAGCUCAGGCUAAUGCGCUGAUAUAUUUGUCUUCACUUUAUGAUUCGGAUCAAACAGCUCAGGAUCAGUUCUUCUCUUCUCUACAGUACAUGUAUAAUGCAAUUCUCACAAAUGGAAAGAUUAUCGUGACUGGUAUGGGUAAAUCAUUCAAAAUUGCCGACAAACUGGUAGCCACCAUGAAUUCAUUAGGUAUCCAUGCUGCUAGUCUACAUCCUUCUGACGCUUUACAUGGUGAUUUGGGAGUUGUCAGGCCUUCAGAUGUGCUGAUUAUGAUUACUUCUUCUGGAACCACCCCAGAGUUGACGACUUUACUAAAUCAUAUCCCAAGAGGUUUGGUUGUAUUAUGUUUAACCUGUAGUCCUCAAUCUCCACUGGCAAAAGCUUCACAUUCUGUACUAUCAGCUCAGGUGCCGGAUCAUCUGUCUGAAGUCAAUGUAUACGGGCUGGCUGCUCCCACAAUCACAACGACUGCAUGCUUGGCUGUGGGUGACGCUAUUUGCAUUACUUUAGCUGAGAUGCUUGUUGCUGAUGAGAAAACUAGAAGGCGUAAUUUUGGAAAGUGGCACCCCGGUGGGGCUAUUGGCCAAUCUUAUAUUGAAAAUAAGACUUCUGUUGCGAAUGGUGGUGUGGUAGUAACGACGGCGGUUUCUUCACCUCCACAAUGUUCCUAUGUUGAUUGGUCUGAUAUUGGUAUUAUAGACUGUUCUCCAGACCAAUGUGAUGAGUUGAAUCUCUUGCGAGCAUGUGCUGGUACAAGUUGGGUGCUGUUUGAAUCAACUCAUCUUGCUUCAUCGUCGAAUCUUCUGGCUGGAUUUCGAAAUAAAGCUAACUUUGCUCAGCGGCUGUACAAUAAGAGUGAAUAUAUCGCUAUUUCAUCUCUACCGCGGAUCUCACAAUCACAACUACAAGCUGAGCAAGAGAAUCUUCUGUCACAGAUAUAUGUCAUCACUGAUAGUACUGACACGCCCAUCGGGGUGCUUGACAGACGAUAA